UGCGCUUCUUUCCCCCACGUCCAAGUCAUUGAAUCGGGACUGGUUUCCGCGCACAGAAGCAAGGCAGUAUCGGUAGUGCUGAGACAUCUCUCUCCUCGAUACCGUACAACCUCUGCGAGGAUGGAGCCCCGCAGGACCCCUCCAGAGUAUUUCCUGGAGAUCUUCGCAGACACAACCACCGUGAGAGAUGUAUUAAAAGGCGUCCUCAACCUCAUCUUCUUCCACCGUUACUUCCCAUCAAUUCGACCGACAACAUUCGACGUCCUUGACUUCACCCUCCCCGCCAUCGACGAUGUUGAGCUCGAAACCCUGAUCGAAUCCCGCAUCAGCGCCCUAGUCCGCCAACACACAUCUGCUACCAGCACCCAUGAAGGCGGCGGCGGCGUACGCGGUCGCAUCGCGGUCGAGUUCUACGAGAAGAAGCGCAAACGCUCCGGGGCGUGGUUCAGCGGGCUAGCGGGCAAGGGAGAAGAAGAGGUAUGCUGGGAAGUGUGGAAUCUAGACGUGACGAUCGCCACGCCGCGGACGGAAUCAGAACGCGCCAAAGUCCGCAAGGCGAUGGAGAACAUGCUCCAAAAGGCCGCCCUGAAGAUCCUCGCCGUCGUCAACCGGGAUAAAGAUCACAUUCCGCCGAUCACCACCAGCGACUCUAAUCCCUUCCCCUAUCGAAUCGUUCUGAAUCCGCGCUCGGACGGCUGGCAGAACCGGUUCGGCUUGUACUAAGACACUGCAUCGAGUUGGCCUCCUUAUCGCCAGAUCUCCAUGCAGGUAUCCGCUGGUCUACGGCACCUGCGUGGUUCAAGAUCGACUCUCCUAAUAGAUCGUCGCGCCGCGCCUGGAGUUGCGGAGUGGGUUGGAUGAUAUUUUUCUUUUGCGGCUGGUCGUUUCGGAUAUAAAUGUACAUCACCUACGUCAUCGCGACACUAGGGUCAUUUUUGCGAAAGCCAUAUGAAGGCAUCAUUGGACCUUACGGAUGAACGCAAAGGCCGGUAUGAGGAAUGGCUAAAGAUACUGCUCAAUUACCCA